UACUGCUGUCAGGAUGAAGUGAAAGUUUCAGAAAAUCUUUUUUUUUAAUAAUUGUAUCGGACCCUCCCAACCCUGGCUAUCAAGAAGGCCUUUAUUUUGAAGGCAGCGACAGGAAGUUGUUUUCUUCUUUGCCAACUUGUUCCUCCGCGUGAAAUUCCUCAAGUUCGAGUCUUUUGUUCCUGUGUUUGGACCGACAGCGAGUGGAUAUGUGGUAAAAAGGAUAAAGCCGCAGAGACACGGUGUAAGUAAGAGUGCAGACUGAGACGAAUGAGAUUGUAACGGCUCUUGCGGACGGUUUCUCCGCUUCGUUUGUCCGUUUAAGGGAGUGAAACUCCUGAUGGGAAGGCAGGGAAGGGGGAAGAUAACGAGGAGGAGCUGAGGAAGGAGCUGAGGUAACCGGGCUAUGUGGCAAAACUCUGCGCUACUUCUCUGACAACAAGAGCUGUACGGAUACUUUUGAGAAAGCGGUUUUACCCCGUGUCCUGCUGCUUCCGACCCUGUAGAGAUGGAAGGAGAGAAGGAGAGACAGAGGCAGCAACGAGAGGAGAAGGAGAGUAACGAGGCAGAAGAUGGCAGGAGGAGCGAAGAUGAUGCCGACAACGAAGAGGAGGAUGAUGAAGGUUCAGAGGGUGCGGCGCUAGUGUGGCAGGAAGGCUACGGUGAGGACAAUCUGGGCCUUCCCAUCAUGCACUGGGAGGCGCUGAGCCUGCGCAUUGCUGAGCUGGAGAAGCAAGAAGAGGAGAAGAAGGAGAAGAAAGCAAAGAGCGGAGUCUCUCUGGAGCGAGGCAGAGCUCCAGUGAGCUGGAUGGAGGACAGGGGGAGGAGGGCCGAGAGCUGGGAAGACGGAGAUGACGCCUGCAACAGCCACGUGCUGGCUCUCACCUCCCGCCUGCAGACACAGAUGAAUCUCCAGCUCUGUUUCAUCAACAACAGCGAAAGUGAGGAGGAAGAGGAGGAGGGAGAGAAGGAGAGCAGCAACACACGAAGAGGGACUGUUCAGGUCCAUAACAAUCCUCAACCUCCUGCCAAGCCAGAGAAAUCUAAAUCCAGAGGCUUCAGGAACACUCUGAGGAACCUUCGAGACCGACUGAGAACAGACCACAAAACUCUGACUGCAGUCUGUAGUGAUCAUGUAGUCCAGAGAAGACAUUUGGAGCGCAGUGAUUUACAAAACUUCAGUAUUAAGGACCUGAACGCCCUUUCCACAUCUCUCAGCAAGGCCAUACAAGACCUGAGCUCAGAGCUGGUGGGUCGCCUGCAGGUCCGAGACCAGCUGAGAACGGAGCAGGAUGCCAUGCUGCUGGAGGUCCAGGAUCUGACCUCACUGUGAACCUGCCCAUCACUCUCAGCUGAGGUUUACCUGUCGGAGCAGUCAAGAGGGGGUUAUGUCAUACAAACUUUUUAACGGUUUUUUUUACCAAACGGUGCCACAGCGGCCUCAGCACACAUCUCAGUCAGUCCCUCCUGCUGUCAGUCUGACCAGCCAGUCACUGUGAAGAGUGUCACUCCCUAAAAGGACUUGGACACUCAGUUACAGAGUAUUUUUUUAUUUUAUUUUAUUUUAGUUGUUAUCUGUGUUGUGUAUUUAUAAGGGAAACUUUGUCUUGGUAAAGGACAUCAUCAGUGCUUUUAAACUCGCAUGUCACAUGAGGACAAUAUUGUGUCUUUUAGAGGGCCAAAGUGUACAUCUGUAAAUUGAGGGUUAUGUUUUGUCAACCCUGCAAUACUCAUGUUGCCACACAUGUUGUGUUUAGCAUCUCUUCUAAAGGCUUCAUAUGCAAUGUAAAAGGGACCCUGUUAGGAAGCUGCUAAUUCUGCCAAUGGAACAAUCUGUCUUUUUUCUACUUUGUUUAGUAUAGUCAUGUUCUCUGGUCUUCGUGCUUUUUUUUUUGUAUAUGUAAGGGAAGAUAUUUUUUAUUUUUAGAUUCAAUCAAUUAGAUUUUUUUUUUAGUCUUGGCACAUGUUUUUGAUAGUGUUCAUUUAACGAACACUACAAAAAGAAUGUUUACUUUUUAUCUUCAUAAAUUCAGUCUAAUGUACAUUUCCACAGCACACUUCUCAUAUUUUGGAAUCUUGCAAAUGCCAUUAGAAGCACUAAAUGGAGCCAGAGGAACCUGGUCUGUCUCAUGUACUACUGUCAGGAUACAGUGAAAGCUUCAGCAAAUGUGACAAAAAAAUAUUUUUGAUAAAAUCAUACUUACUGCACCUUUAACAAAAUUCUACUCUUCUUUUUCAGUUUGCUGUCAGUAAAACUCAACACUUUCUGCGUGUUUCAUAAUAAAAGCCUUUCACUUUCACUCACUCCUAUUAAGCUGUCUUUGGGUGUGUUAAGUUUCAUUCACAGCAGCUUAAAAAAUGGAAAAGUAGAAGCUAUUGACGCUACCUGGCAUUUAUUAGAGACAGCCAAUUCCCUGAACACCAGCUUUGAUUUCUGAAUUAACAGCACACAUAGAUACCAAUGUUUUGGACCAAGUGGCAUGAAUUUUAAGUCAAGUCUUUUCUAAGGGUCUUAAUGCAAGUGGGUCGGGCUCUAACAGCAGUGAGUGGACACUACAGUACACUCCAAGUUAGUGUUCUUGAGACAGAUAUCUGUCCAAAUUCCUCUCUCAUUAGUGGUCAGUGUUGACAUUGUUAUAAUUUAAGCAGUCUUUACCUAACCAAAAGAUGUACUCUUUAAUGUUGUUAUUGCUAGGGUUGAGCGAGUAGCCGGUACAGAGAUCAUACUUUUUACAAGUAUCAAGAGUAAAAUGUGUCAGUAUGCGUACUUAUAAAUGUAGCAACUUUCAUUAAAAAACGUAUUCUGUAAAUUGUUCUCUUAAUCUAAAACAUUCCUCUGUAGUUCAGUUCUGUAAAUAGUUUCCUAAUAAAUAUAAUUAUUGGUUGCUUUUAUUCAGUGGAUUCUUGCAAAUGCCAUUAGGAGCACUAGGAGGAGCCAAAGGAACCUUUUUUUUUUCAGACUAUCUGUCUCAUGUACUACUGUCAGGAUAUAGUAAAAAAAAUAUAUGACUAAAAGUUGUUUUUAUAAAAGUUACUUACUGCAGCUACUCACUAAGAAAAAACAAUGGGUAAAAUGCUUCUUGGCAUUUUCUAUUUCCUUAGGCAACAAUAACAACAAUCAAUGUUUAGGUUUUUUUAAAGACCUGACUUUUUUUUUUUAAAUAUAUAAGCCUCUACCAAUGAGUUGAGGAGUCGCCUCAAUGUUAAAAGUAAGUGAGUAUGAAAAGUCAUAGUUACAGUAACUUUUUUGGAAAUUAUACAAUGGAACAACAUCAAAUAUAUGAUAUAAAUAAUAAUAUAAGUAGUAGUAACAGAUAAUAAUUUAAUCAACAGUUCAUCAUACAAAUUAGUAUUUUUUAUGACUUGUUUUUUAAAAGUAGCAUAUAGGGAACUAGAUCUAAAUUUCCUCCUACAGCCGUAUGUUGCAAAUGACAAUAAAAUAACCUUGAAUCCUUGAAUAUUGACAACAGUGGAUGUUCAUAAAUCUUUUUGUUUAAUAAAAAUUCCACCAUCUCUCUCCAUGUUUGCAUGUCCACAAGCCCUGCCUGUGUUUGAUUGUGCAUUUGUGUGUGUAUAAAAGUGUGUGUAUAAAAGUGAAAAAAAUUAUUUGUCCAAUAGGGGAUUAAUAAAGUAAAUCUUAAAUCUUAUCUUAAUGGACAAUUCAGCUGUUUGGUUGAGCAUGUUUUAAUAAAAGUAAAAAAUCUAACUUGAUGAAUGAUUUCAGCAGAUAUAUGAUGGAAUAACAUUAAAUGUGUUGUUUUACCAACAGUGAAUGAUCAGAAGUUUUAAAUUUUGUAGCAAAUUGUAAAUCAAUAUUUUCCGCUUAAUCCCACCCACUUUUGCUUUAAGCACCACCCUUUAUGAGUACGGCUAUGAAAACAGAUAAUUUAGUUAGUUUAACAGAUACAGAUAUUGGUGUACUCGCUCAUCCCUAAUUACUGCACCCAAUAGUGCCUCAACUUUCCUCAUAUGAUCAGCACUCUGCCAAUCAUACAAGUACUGCUCAUGGUCUCAACAUGUUUCCUUUUUUUCAACCUGAGUGUGGACUGUUAUCCAAGAGUAAACAGCUGCGUUCCAAGAACCAAAUUAGCUGGAAGAGAAUUAACAGGAUUAAACAUCAUGUUAAUCUGGAUUAGUUAAAGUAUAUGUACAAUAAUGCUAUCCUGUUAAACUCUUUGUUUUAUUUACAAAGGAAUGUAAAGAAGUCAAUCAUUAAUCAUUUAGACUUAGUUGUUGUUAAUGUUGUAUUCAUCUAUGUAUUAAACUAUAGAUCAAUUUGAGAUUGAUUGCAUGCUCCAGUACUGUGCUUUUAAUUCUGUUGGUGGGUGGAGCAUUUUGUUUACAUUUGGUAAGAGGUUGUGUCUUUAAAUGAAUAAAGUGUUAUGCCAGUCA